GGUUGGUCAAACUGGAAAUGGAAUAGGAGGAGAAAGUACAACAAAUGGAAGAUCUUCAACUAAUACUAACGGCAAUGUGCAAUCUUCAACUAAUGGUCAAUUUUCGACUAAUAAUGGUCUGCAAGGAACUCGAAGACGUGAGAUCGUCAGGCUAAUGGUGCAAGCAAUGCAAGAUAUGGGUUAUAAUCAAGCCGCCACAACCUUAGAAAAUGAGUCUGGUUUCCCACUUGAAAGUAAAGAUGUUGCAAGAUUUAAAGAUGGUGUUUUAAAUGGUGACUGGGCUUUAGUAGAAAGUCUUCUUCCAAUUUUAGAAUUGGAUAAUAGUAAAGAUGCUGUUGUAAAAUUUUUGAUUCGAGAACAAAAAUUUUUUGAAUUAUUAGAAUCUAGUCAGUUAAAAAAAGCUCUGCACGUAUUAAGAACUGAACUUACACCACUUGAUUUUAAUUUGGACAGGGUUCAUGUUUUAUCUAGUUACAUUAUGUAUUCAAAUGCUGAAGAUUUAAGAUUUCAUUCUGAAUGGGAUGGUGCUAAAGGAACAUCGCGUCAAAAAUUAUUGCUAGAACUUCAAAGUAUGAGUUAA